AUGCGCAAUGUCAACGCCGCCUCCAAGAGCCUCUCCGCUGUGGCUGAAUCUGGCUGGAAGGCCUCUGACGCCAAAUCGGACAGAACCACUGCCGCCUCUGCUGUGAAGCAUGCCGCGUCUGCACGCAAGGAGCUGAAUGUACUGCGAGAAUUCAGCCCGGGAGAGGUCGAUGUUGAGCGCGCUGCGUCUAGCGUCGUCGGGAAACUGGUCUCCCUCGAGAUGUACCAAGCAGCAUCUGGCGUGCUGCAGGAUAUGCGUGCGCCUGUCGCUGGCCUCUACCAUCCCAAUCCUCCGCCUGUGGCGACCCACUCUCUACACGACUUGCUUUCGCUGCCUCUCCAUGACGGCCCAAUCUCAGAACUGCAUCUAACGCUGAUCUCUACAUAUCUCCUACACGCACUCACCGUCGCCCUGCAUACAACAACUGACUUACCCGCCCUUCUGGCCCUCCUGCACGACCCUACUAUCCCGGCACUGCUGUCCUGGACACUUGCGCUCUCCCGGUUACCUGAGAAGCAGCACGACAACGUCUUCACGCGUGCGUAUACUGUGACUUCUCGCUUUGCCACCUCGUCUGGCACCGCUCCAUCGUCUGCGUACUCCUUGCGAGCGUACUCUCUGCUAUGUCUCGCGCACACUCGCCCCUCGGUGAUCGCCCCAAACACGUUCUGGGAACAGGCCACAAAAUUUGCUGCCGCGUUCGCCAAGGAACAGACUGUGAAGCCCGCAGAGGGCGCGCGGACUGUCUUGGAAGGCUCUGCUCGUCUCGUGGCUUGUGUCGAGCAGCGGAGCGAUCGCGCAGAGUUCAUGGCAGGUCCUGCAUUUGCGCGUUUUUGCGAGUAUUGGGGCAGGUUUGCCAAGCAGGCGGGGGAUUUGCGCACCCUCGACCAGAUUGGCAAACUAUCACAAGGCGCGGGUGGAAGUGAUGCGGAUACAGAGAGUGACCGUGCAGUCAUCGAGACAUCCGCGCUGUCCACCACGCUCGCUCGUGCGCUUGCCGUUUUCGAGGCCUGGCAAGACCAUACUGCCGACAUUGUUGACAAGUUGCGAGAGGCGUCGAGCGCGAUCAAGCGUUGCGGCCACUCUCUUGGACAAUCUGGCGAGGACCACGACCGCGUCAAGCGCGGAGUGGAGAGAUUGCGCCGCGCCGUCGUCAAGAUCAUCGAGCCGUCUGCAUCUGCGGAGACAAACUGUCCUCCCGAGGUACGCACCUGUGCGCGCGCGAUACUCCAACAAAUCGUCGACGUACUCUGUGAGAAGAGAACGGCGUAUUCGUCGACCAUCCUGACGGGCGCGGUGGAGAGCCUCUUCGCCCUCUCCCGCACUGCCUUCGUCCUCAACAACCCAGACACGUACGCCCCCGCACGCGCGUACCUCGAGCGCGCCACGUCGCUCAUCUCACACGCGGGGAGUCAAGAACGCACGUCCGACGCGGUCUCCGGUGUGCAGCUCGCGAACUACACGCGCUGCGUGGCGGGCGCGUACUACAACUUCGCGCUGCAGCUGCAUCAGGGCGGGCGCCUGGCGCACGCGGUGCCGUUCCUCGAGCAGGCGUGCGCUCGCGCGGAGGGCGCGCUUGGGGAGUGGCGCGCGGCGGUGAGGGAAGAGGGGGACGGGGAUGCGAAGAAAGAGGUGUGGGGGCAGCUGGAGGAGCAGCUGUAUAGGCGGUGGGAGCUGCUGGGAGUGUGUCAUGCGAAGACGGGGGACCGGCAGAUGGCGUACGACGCGUUCGUGAAGAGCAUCAUGGCGUUCCCGUACGGGCCGCAUGGCGUCGCGCAGCUCGCAGCGACGACGCUCCCGUCCGCGCUCUUCGACAGCGCGCCCCUCAAGCACCUCGCGACGCUCGUCGACCGCGUCACCUACAUGGCCGCGUGCGAGCUCUUCCGCGCGCCCGCGUCCGUCCCGCUCGCUACCUGGCCGAACUUUCCCUGCUCCGACGCUGGCGCGCUCGUCGUGGGCGCGCUGAUGGAGCGCCAGCUCGCGAGCCUGGAGGAGUGCCGGUGGAAGCAGGGCGUGCGGGCGGUCGUGGACGCGCUUCUGGACGCCGUGGCGGGGCUGUAUGAGCGUGAGGGGUGUGCGGUAAGGCGCGCGAGGGUGGUGGUGCGCAAGCUGGAGAUGGGGUACUAUUGCGAGGAAGGGGAGGGGCAGUAUGAGGCGAUGAAGCGGUUGGGCGAGGAGGUCGAGGCGCUUCUGACUAUCGAGAAUAUCGAACAGGGGCAGGAUAAGGCCCUCGCGCGGUACGCGCCCGAGCAGCGUGCGAUGGCGCACCUGUGGCUCGCGGCGCACGCGCACCGCGCGCGCGACCCGUCGCUGCCCGCCGUGCUCGUCGCGCACGUCGAGGACGCGUGCAGGGUGCUGAAGGGAAUGGUGCCCGCUGCGGUGCCGCGAUUGUCGAUGGGCAAGUCGCCCGCGGGUAAGCAGAAGGAGACAGUGGGGGAGGAGAAGGGGAGGAGGGGCGUGAGGACGACGAGGGCGAAGCCUGCGCCGGCGGGCGGCGAGGCGGCGAAGGGGAGGGUGCCGGCUGGGAGGACGCGCGCGGCGAAGACGGCUGUGACUGUGGCCGCGCCUGUUACGCCGAAACGGCGGAGAGCGUUGGACCCGGUGUCUCUGAACACUGCGGUGAUCAGUCCGACUAGGAAUUCGCUGCCUGUGGCAGGUGUGCAGGGGAAGAUGGAGUUUGACGAUUUCGGAAGACUUGUGAACCUGAUCCGGAUGGUUUCACAUUUAGUCGGUUUGGUGGGCCACGUCCUCGCGCGGGUCCAGCUCCUGAACGCUGCCCGGAGAUUGACGGAACGGCACACCGGAGUUGCGUCGGAAGUGUAUGUCUCGCUGACGAUCGACACCGCGCACGAGUACGUCAAGCUCGGCCGCGCCGAGAAGGCGGUUUCGGUCCUGGCGCACGUCCUACCCGCGAUCCGGAGCGGAACGUUGUCCCAGGAGGGCGUGAUCGUGUUCUUGCUGCGCUAUGCGGAGGCGCAGGCUGCCAUGGGCGAGGUCCUGAAGGCAUCGCUCACAUAUUGCGAAGCUGUUACUACUGCGGCAGACUUUGUUAUUGACGAGAAAGGGCUGCCGACGGCGCAGCGUAUCCGAGUCCGGACCGCGCUGCUCGAGCGUGCAGCGGAAGCUGCGCUAGCGUAUGCAGCUAUCCAAGACGCGAGGGACGAUCCGACCUCAUCACUCGAAGGCCUCCUCCAGGCCCUCCGCCUAUGGAACCGCGCGAUCGACACCCUCUCGCGCCUGCAGCCCACCACACCCAAACCAGCCCCAGAAGACAACCCAUUCGAAGUGCCCAAACCCGCAAACCCCGCACAGGCCGUCGCGCAGCUGCAGGAACCGCGCGUGCUCUCCCCGCACGCGAGCCGCGCGCCGUCUGCGCUCGACUCCUCCGGGUGGCGCCUCGCGGAGGGCUUGCUGUGCACGCUGCUCGCGCUCGCGCAGGCGUACGCGGCGCGCGGGAGCGCGCGCGAGGCGGAAUUCUUCGCGCAGCAGACGCGCGAGCUCGCGGGGGCGCUGCACGCGCCGGUGAUGGUGAGCCGCGCGCUCGCGCAGCUGGGCGAGCUGCAGAUCCAGAUGGGGCUGCUGCAGAAGGGGCAUGCGGCGCUCAUGGAGGCGGCGGCGCUCGUGGGGCACCUGCGGGGCCCGGACGUGGCGGAGAUUAGGAGGCUGCAGGGGCGGUAUAGGGAGUUGAGCGCGGACAGUAAGGGUGCGCAGGUGUUGUUUGAGGAGGCGACGAGUUUGUUGGAUGAGCUUGGGGGCGUGUUUGCGAGUAUGGAUGGGGGGAGCGGGGCGAGGAAGAGCUUGGUGGCGUCUCCGAGGGCGGUGAAUGUCAAUGCUCAGACGUCGAUGUCUGAGAGCAUCCUCGCGCCGACGUUGCUCGCGAGAUUGUUGAGGCAUCAUAUUUCGCUACUGCACGAGGUGGGCGAGGAGUACGCCAACCUCCUCCAACGCUUCGCGAAGCUGCCUCAGACGGCAGACGCCAAGGCGGAAGAGAUCGCUUUGCGCGCAAAGCUCACGCUCGAUGAUUUGUAUUCUCGUUUCCGUGCGGACAUGUUCCUCAGCUCCCUUGCAGAGUCCGGUGAGUGUUGCCCGCUGGACGUUGUAUCGUUAUACAUGCUGGAGACUCUGGCUACGGCUGAAAAACUGUUCUGGGAACAUAUGAGCUACAUCGCCCGUCGGGGACAUGUUUCGUCUGUCCGCGAGGCGGCCGUCUGCCUUGCUCUCAUCCGGACGUUCCGGACGAGCUUGGGUCGCGGAGACGUGCAAACGCCCGUACUUGCCGCUCAGCUGCUAGAUGGGUCUACGGUGACCACGCUGCGCCGCGAGAUGUUGGACGUCAUCCGCCACAAGUUCCUCAACUUGAACGCCAUGGACGACAUGCAAUGGCCGCACAUCACACCCAAUGGGUCGCCCCUUCCGCCACAACCGAAGUCGAGACCGGCCGCACGCUUUAGCUCUCUUAUAUCCGACUCGGAGGACGAUGAGCCGAUGGACGACGUCGACCUGAAGGCGUACUGGCAGGCGAUCGCGAAGCGAUAUGAAGCGCAGAGCUUCGACAUGGCGAAGAUGUCUGUCAACCAGGCCGACCAACUUCCGCCGCACUGGACGGUCGUGAACGUCAGUAUCACCGAAGAUCGUCAUACCAUGUUCGUUACUCGCCAGCGUGCGGGUCAUAAGCCUCUCAUUUUCUGCCUGCCCCUCAAAGGCAGGAGAGAGGGCCAGGAAGACGAGCAUCUGACAUACGAGGACGCGAUCAAGGAGCUGCAAGAGAUUAUUCGUUUGAGCGACGAGGGCACUCGGCAGGCUGCAGACGUUAAGAAAGAUGAUCGGGAAGCUCGCAUGGCCUGGUGGAAAACCCGGUCUGAGCUCGAUGGCCGACUCCGCGAGCUCCUCGGAGACAUCGAGUUCUGCUGGCUUGGCGCGUUCAAGACCAUCUUCACACCGACAGAUCUGCACUCGGAAGACCUCGCGGCGCUUCGCACUCGCUUGGACGUGGUGUUCAAGGGCAGCCUCGUGUUCCAGGAGAAGAAGCCGAAGUCCCGCCUCGGCCUCGACGACGGCCUUCUCGAGUGCUUCUCCACGCUGCCGCCGAACUGCCGCGAUGAGGAGCUCGAAGACCUCGUCUAUUUCAUCCUCGACCUGUACCAGUUCCACGGCGUGCCGGUCGCCAUCUCCGAGGUGGACAUGGACCAGGUGGUGGUCGAGCUGCGGAACGCGCUCGAGGAGCACGCCGCGCGGAUCAAGGGGCGCGGCGCGGCGGACGCAAACGCAGACGGAGAUGCAGCCGGGCAGGACGACGGCCACAUCUUCCUCGUGCUGGACAAGAACGUGCAGGGCAUCCCGUGGGAGUCGCUCCCGGUCCUGCGCGGGAAGAGCGUGAGCCGGGUCCCGAGCAUGGACUUCCUCACCGACCGGCUCGAGUUCUCGCACUGGCGCAAGUGGGAGGACGGGCGCGCGCAGGAGGGCCGCGUCGACCAGGCGAGCGUCGACCCGCGGCGGACGUACUUUGUGCUGAACCCGAGCGGGGACCUGAAGGGCACCGAGGGCCGCUUCGCGGAGUGGCUGGCGGGCAUGAAGAGCGUCGGGUGGGACGGGGUGGUGGGGCGUGCGCCGAGCGAGCAGCAGUUUGUGGAUGCGCUGACGAACCGCGACCUGGUGAUAUACUUUGGGCACGGCGGUGCUGAACAGUACGUGCGCUCGCACAAGAUCCGCCACCUGCCGAGAUGCGCUGCGACGAUGCUCUGGGGCUGUUCGUCAGGCAUCCUCAAGUAUAUGGGUGACUUCGACCGAACGGGCACCCCAUACCAUUACAUGCUCGCAGGCUGCCCAACGCUGGUGGCGAACCUAUGGGACGUGACCGACCGCGACAUCGACAAGUUCUCACAGUCGGUGUUCGACGACCUGCAUCUGAACGCGGACGCGGUCAAACGGUGGCGGGCGGACGACGGGGGCGCGGAGCGGACCUCGGUCGUGCGCGCGGUGGCGAAGGCGCGGGAGAGCUGCAAGCUGAAGUAUCUGACUGGGGCGGCGCCUGUGGUGUACGGGAUACCCUUCUACUUGUGA